AUUAUUUAAAUUCUUGAAUUUACUGAGGGGUAAAAGGAGGUUAUUUGGCAAUGGUGCUAUAAAUGUCAUUGCUCCGACCGCAGAACGUCACGAUCACAUGAUACGAAAGAGAUGACAGCGAAAGAAUUUGAAGUUUCGAUUCCGAUGUCUCUGUUAUCUUUUACGAAGAACGUAGACAGAGGUUCCUACGAAAAACUCUCGAUAAGGGAUAGUGCAAGAUCUUUAAAAAAAUAUGGAUCAACCAGCACAAAAACCGCUACAAAGGCAGAGAGUUAUAUCAAACAUUUUGUCAGUAACAGUGAUACGCUGCAAGGUAUCGCUCUAAAAUAUAACGUAACUAUUGAACAAAUAAGAAGAGCAAACAAACUCUGGGCUUCAGACAGCCUAUUUUUAAGAGAAUUUCUUCUAAUACCUCAGCCAGACAAUGCAAACGAUCUGCUAUCUCCAACACAAAUGCAGUCAACUAGUUCACAAUCAUCGCUGGCUAGUUCUAGUGCAGAAAACCUAAAUCAGAAUAGAAUGUCAAUAGGGAGCAGCACAAGGAGUAGUUUUGAUGAGGAGAAUAUCAGUGAUUUUCUUAGUAAAAUUGAUGCUUCAAUAGCCAGUACUAAGGAAGUAGUUAAAAAAGUAGCUGAUACUGGAGAAUAUGGUACGGAUAUUACAAUGGAUGGUAAAAGAAAACCUCAAUCUAGACUGAAGCCACAACACCAAAAUAACAAUGCUUUCCCCCCUGUAGCAGCACUGAACACAGUAGUCACUGUACAGCAAGGUAAAAAAGUUCAGACAAACUUGGAAUUGCUUGAGCAACAACAGGAUGAGUUAUUUGAGUUGUAGCAGGGCUGAAGAUUAGCCAAGAGUCCCAUAUUUUUGUCUCGUUUUUUGUUUUACUAUUUUUGAUAACUAAUGAAAAUAUUUGUUUUUAACUUGCCACUUGCCACCUUUACAAUCAUAUUAUAAAAGAAUGUUAUAAGCAUGGCAACAUCGCAUAUUGAAGUAAGCCUUUAAGAACGGCCCUUAAGAAUUCUGUUAUUUUUCUUAAAAUAGGUAGGUACUUUUUCUAUGACAAAAAAUGAAGUAUGAAAAAAUACGACAUAGAAAAAACUAUUUUUUUAAAUUUAAAUCAGAUUUUGGAUUUUUUGUGAUUAUGUCUAUGAGUAUAUAAUAAAAUUAUUAGAAAUUAUAGUUAUUACUGCUAACUAAUAUGUACACGCAGCACCCCAAAGUUAUAUUUUGUGAUUAUAUGUUUUCUAUUUUUUUUUUCAAAACAUAUUAAAGAUAUCUUAAAGGAUUGUUAUUAAAAUAUAUAACUAUGACCGAAAAAAUAGCGUCUAAUUGUUUGGAGAUGAAGAUUGAUGACAUUUUCCAUAUAAUUUAUUGACGCGAUAUUUUUUUCGAUUGUAUGGUAUAAAAACUUAUUUUUAUCAAUAUACUUAAAAAAUAUAAAUACCUAUAGUUUAUGUGUAAUGACAAAUAUAUUUUGCACAAUGUAUAUAUAUUCCCUGUUAUUUCUUUUUGGAAGAAAAAAGCUUUAAAAUAUCACUAUUUCUGUUUAUAAUGUCCUGUAUUUAAGACAAAAACAAUAUUUAUAUUGUAAUUUUUAAUAUAAAACCAUGUGGGGUGUAUCAAGCCUAUAUCGGUACUUCCCAGAUCAAAAUAUGUAUUGCUUUUCAAGCCUCAUUUGGGUUAAUAUAUUUUUAGUUGUUAUUGUGCAAACCCUGGGAAAGUUUUGCGACAAGACAAUUAAGCGUCAAAACUUUCCCAGAUUAAACUGUAUUGUCUUAUCAAGUAGGGCCUUGGACAUUGACAAUUAAGACAAAAAUACAUAGUUUUUAUAGGAAUGUUUUUGUUCAAAGCCUGUCUUAUGUGACUGUAUUGGCAGCUACUGUAUGAUCGAAAAAAAGGGCAUCCAGUUGGCUUAGAAAUGACGAUCGAUGACAUUCCCCAUAUAAUUUUACAUGUAAAAUGACAGCGAUCCUCAUUCUAUACCCAUCGCUGACGCCAUUUUUUUUCGAUCAUAUUGUAUCAGAGAUUCAGUAAUUCACGGUACCUAACAGCCACAAAUUGUUUUGUUCCUUUUUCUUUUGUUAAACUAUUAUAUUUUUUUAUUUUGUAUAUUGUUGUUAGAAUUAAAUAAAUUAAAUUUAUUAAAACUAAAAAGCUAUAGGUUGUUACAACUUUAGCCGUGCAAUAUAACGUAAAAAUCACGUUAUAGCAGGACAUGCCCUAUUAAUAUUUUUUUUAAUAAAAAAGGUAAUAUAUUA